GGGAGGGUGAGAGGGAAAUAUAUUUGGUAUCUAAAAGAGAGAGAGAGAGAGAGAGAGAGAGAGUAAGGUGACGUGCUCUCCCCCUCACCUUUUUUCUCUCAGUCUAUUCUUUCUGUCACUCGUAGAGGUUGAGCAACACUAACUGGCUGCUAUAUUAGCAGGGGACAAAGGGAGAAACAGUGGAGCCAACACUGCUGUAAAGACCUUCUAUACUAGAUCAUUGGACUGCUGCAAAGGCCUGCUACAUUAUACAAGAUCAAUGGACUGCUGUAAAGACCUGCUAUACUAGAUCAUUGGACUGCUGCAAAGGCCUGCUACAUUAUACAAGAUCAAUGGACUGCUGUAAAGAUCUGCUAUACUAGAUCAAUGUAAAUCCCUGCUAUACAACCCUGGCUGUACUUUAGCUCUCUGGGCGAUCCAUAUCUGUUACUCAGGGCCACAUUCAGUAGCCACCAAAUGAGAGAAAAUGUUGUGAAUGGGAAGAGGUUCUAGCUGACCUGAAACUUGAACUUGUAGAGUUCUAGACCUGGACGUUGUAGAGUUCUAGACCUGGACGUUGUAGAGUUCAAGAUCUGGACGUUGUAGAGUUCUAGAUCUGGACGUUGUAGAGUUCUAGAUCUGGACGUUGUAGAGUUCUAGAUCUGGACGUUGUAGAGUUCUAGAUCUGGACGUUGUAGAGUUCUAGACCUGGACGUUGUAGAGUUCUAGACCUGGACGUUGUAGCGUUCUAGACCUGGUAACAAUGGCCACUGACCAGGAUGUCGUCUCCUCCUGUAAGUGGGAGUGUGACAGGGUGUUGUACCUCCUGCCCUCCCUGCUGCUGUUCCUGCUCUAUCUGGCUCUCCGCUGGCCCCCGGUACAGCGAAUGGCGAGGCUGGGGGUGAGGGCUGCCGCCUGGUGGCUGUGGGUGGCACUGUGCUGGGUCCUGGAACUCCCCAUCCACCACCCUCACGCAGAGCCAGGCUGGGGCAAGGAGAGGGCAGGAACACAGGAGCAUGGAUCAUCCCCAGGCCUUGCCAUAGGACUGUCAACAGAGAAAAGCUGGGGUAGGGAGAGGGGAAUGGGUCUUGGCUUGGGAUCACAUCCUGCCCUCUCCCCAGCCCCAGGACCCACUCUAGCCUGUAAGCCCACAGCCCUGUCCCGGUUCCUGCUCCAGCACUGCUGUUCCCUGGCCAGACCGAGACUGGCACCAUGGCCCAGGGGUGACCCCCACCUCCAGACCCUCUCAAGUUUUCUAUUGGGGGGCCUGACUGCAGGAGACCAGGGACAAGAGGUCAACUUUACCCGAGACCACCUUCUACUGAAGGAUGGGGGGGUAGUGGCUCUGGACUGGGCUGUAGGCGUAGGUGGGGGAGAGGAGGUGGGACGGGAGAGAGGGAAGGAGCACUAUCCUGGGGGGAAGGCAUUGGGCUGCCACACCUCCACACCUCCAAUCCUCCUCCUCAUCCCUCACUACUGGGGAGGAGUGACGCCCCACCUGAGAAGUCUGUGUAGAAUGGCUCUUCGUCAGGGUUUCUAUUCCCUCGUGUUUCACCGUAGGGGCACGGGGGGGUGCCCUCUCACCACGCCACGGCUGACUGAGUAUGGAGACUCUGUUGACCUGAUGCAGACAGUAGCAUAUGUGCGUAGCCGGCACCCGUCCUCUGUGCUGGUAGCGGUGAGCGAGGGUUCUGGUUCGGGCCUGCUGCUGUCCUACUUGGGAGAGUGUGGCUCCUCCUCUUACCUGACGGCUGCAGCCUGCAUCUCACCUGUCCUGCAGGGCCAACUGUGGUUUGACACGCCCCUGCCGCCACUCUACCGCUGGGCAGUGCUGGUCCAACGCAAACUGCAGCUCAGCAGGUAUGCCAGUGCCCUUCGUGGGGUGUUAGAUGUAGACAGGGCUCUCUACUGUUCCUCCCUCAGAGACUUUGAAGAGACCCUGUUCUGCUCUGCACUGCGACCCAAUAUCCCCCACCACCCAACCAGUCACACACCGACCCCAGGGGCCAGAACCGCCAGCGGGACACCAACCACCAAACCAGGGGCUACUGUACCCCCCCUGAACACCCCCCAUCUGACGGGACCCCACAACACCAAACUGGCGGCCAUGCCCGGUGCCAAAACGGUCUCCCCCACCCCUGCCUCCACUCCCAGGGUUCCAACCACCAGAGCAGGGGACACAGCACCCCACCAACACACCCCACACCACUCAACAGGACCCCUCCUCCCUGGGACCUCCACACACAUCCCUGGGGCCCCAGCCUCCACCUCUGGAGCCAGAUCAGGUGCCAGAGGGGCCACUGCUCCCCCACCCUCCCUUAAGGGAGCUGGGGUAGCAGGGGUAUCAGGGGUAGGUGGGGUGGCAUCCUGGGUGCUGGGGGAGCGGGGUUGUCCUGCCAGGGACUGGGAGAGUUACUGGGAGAGGAACGAACCUCUGAGGGACGCAGACGAGGUGGCGGUUCCCGUGCUCUGCCUCUGUAGCCGUGACGACCCCCUCCUGCCACCCCCCUCCACCCUGCCCCUCACCCUUUUCCAAAACAACCCUUAUUUCUUGCUGGCGCUGACGGAGACGGGCGGACACUGUGGGUUUGGACUGGAGGAGGGAGGACAGGGGGAGGGAGAGGUGGGAGGUAACUGGAGUAGCGUGUCUGUGUUGGAGUACUUCAGAGUGGUGGCUGAAUUUCUGAAGGGGGAGGAGAGGAAGGGGAUGAGAUAUGGCUGA